GGCUGGAGCUGAGUCCACCUCGCUGCGUGACUCGCACCUCACAGCGACCUGGGCGGCGCCAGGCUAUAAAAUCCCUGCGGCAGUUCCUCUAAACUCCUGAAACUCUUCACCUCUCAUCAGUCCUGCACGUCCAGCCACAGACAGCAGCCAUGCCUUCAGAACUGGAGAUCGCCAUGGAGUCAAUGAUCACGGUGUUUCACCGUUACGCCUCUAAAGACGGCCGAAGUGGCACACUCAGCCGCAGAGAGCUCAGAGAGCUGUUGGAGAACGAGCUGUCAGGCUUCCUUAAGUCUCAGAGGGAACCUGCUGCUGUAGACCAGAUCAUGAAGAACCUGGAUGCCAAUGGUGAUGGUCAGGUGGACUUUGAGGAGUUUGUUUCUCUGGUUGUUGGACUUUCCAUUGCCUGUGAGCAGUGCUAUCAAAAGCACAUGAAGAUUGCUGGGAAGAACUAAAACAUAAAAAAUGAAGAGAGGAGAGGAAACAGGAGAGCAUUUCAAUUUUGUAAAGUUAUUUGACUAUUAAAUACACUAAAAAAAAAAAAAAA